UCGAGUAGGCGGGCCUUCUGACGUUGUGAUUGUGGUAACUAGUUAUGAGGACCCUUAAGUAGUUGUUAGCUUAGCCAGUUAGCUACUUCAGUUAGCUACACCUGUGUUGGAAAGUGGGAUGUUUUUCUGAUGUUGGUUGACAUGAGAUGACACUUCUUUGGUUUGUCUAUAGACUGUCAACUGCUAUGGUGUUUUCUAGCUACAAGAACAGAGACCUGAAUUGACUGAAGGUGUGUAUUGUUAGCCUCCUGCCUGGAUGUUAGAGCUGUGAUGGUGGUGUGUCCCCUGCCCUCAUUGUGACUCCUGUCCACCACCUCCGUCUCCCUGCCCAGUGUGUGUGCCACCAUUUCACCAUGACCCUGCAUCUUCUCCUGGUCCUGGGGCUCUUUUUGCUGCCUUGUCUGUCAUCCCAUGUUAUCAGCGAGUACUGCGUUAUAUCCAGACAUAACAUGACAAAUCAAACCCAAUGCUUGGAAGCAUGCUUACUGCAUACGACCUGUGAUCGUUUUGUCUUUUGGAAAGAGAACUACACCUGCUUUUUCUUGAAGUGUCCCAAUGGCACCAACUGCAAUGAUAUCGCCGUCGAUGACCUGAUAAGGAUACAAGAUAAAAACAUCAGUGGUCUUAAGUGUGAAGCUGGACCUACCACUGGAUCUUCAAGUUCCAUAACUUCAUCAGAAAUCUAUCAAAACCCCACUGCUCCUGAAUUGACAGCCAGCAAUAAUGCCAAUCAAAUUACAGACACCUCUGCCCUCAAUGAGACUAACUCUACCUUGCAUUUUCGUGAGGAUAAUGGGCAGGCCCCCAUCUCCACUGCAUUUACUACCAUGACUGCAGCACCCAUGCCAGCCGCUAAGAAUGACACCUUCAUUCCCAGUAAGACUGUUAGCAAUGCCUCCAGAGGAACUACAGUACCUGACAUACCCCUUAAGUCAACAGUCCAAACCUCAGAGACAACCACUUCAGUAAAGCAGGAACCUAGAACUACAACGACUCCCUCAGCCCUGACCUCUCCACCAGCCAAUCCACAGAUGACGACAACAGCAUUAUCAACAACAAAUACCACUACUAUCACCACUGUAGUACCAAUAACAGCAAUGCUGUUAACUACCACCACCACCACAACACAACCAACUACCACCACCACCACAACACAACCAACUACCACCACCACCACAACACAACCAACUACCACCACCACACAACCAACUACCACCACCACACAACCAACUACCACCACCACACAACCAACUACCACCACAACACAACCAACUACCACCACCACACAACCAACUACCACCACCACACAACCAACUACCACCACAACACAACCAACUACCACCACCACACAACCAACUACCACCACCACACAACCAACUACCACCACCACACAACCAACUACCACCACCACACAACCAACUACCACCACCACACAACCAACUACCACCACCACAACACAACCCACUACCACCACCACCAUAGACUCAUCUACAGUUGAGGAGAAGAAUCCAUCACCAACCAGUCCGGAGGUUCCCAGCUCUCAAGCUACCUCCAGAAACGCCAUAGUCCCUUCGACCUUCACUGUUGAGGUCAGCACAAAAAGGCUUGACGGAGAUACCAACAGAGCCAUUAUAGACGUUGUUGCCGGGGGGCCUCUGACACGCCAGUUGGUGGACACAAGUACCCUAUUGGCUGUCCUGUUGUUUGGCCUCGUCUUCUUCUUGGUUACGGUUGUCCUCUUCCUCACACAGGCCUAUGAGAGCUACAGGACAAAAGACUACACCCAGGUGGACUAUCUCAUCAAUGGAAUGUAUUCUGAUUCAGGGGUUUGAAAGUGACAGUUGAGUGUUUGUUUUUCUAAUUUCUUUAUUGGAACAGGAUUAAUAACUUGUGAGUUAACAGAUUGCCAAUUUUGCACCAGCCUUUGCUGUAGUAUUGUGUAACUUUUCUGUCUUAAUGGUACUCCAGCCAAUUUCAUAUAUUUUUUUCAACUACUGUAUGUAUAAAUUGCUCCAGACCUGCUGUGGUUUUAUUCAGGCCUUAACCUCUUACGAAGGGCCAAGAAAUGCACCUCUUGGUCAUUAGGCCAAGGGCCAAAGUAUCGCAACAGUGGUUUGUUUAUCCUAUAUUUCUGUGUCUUACAUUUCUACGCAGAUGCUUCCAUCCCCAACCCAUAGGACUAAAGACAGAUGGUUAAGUACUGUUUUUUUCCUAAGGAAUGUCAUUUGGAUUGUUGUGGGUAAAAGGUUUAUUUGUCCGGUGUUUAUUAUUUUGUUUGUAUCCAUUGCUUUGUGUAUGCAUGUCAUUUUUCAUGCCUUUUUUCUUUGUUCAUGACUACCUUAUUUCCUUUGUUUACUAUUCCUCUCUUUGGAUUAAGAUUAAAUGCCAAAUUGAUCACUGAAAUACAUUAACGUUGACGCCAAGGGAAUUGUCUAGCCAUUACGAAGGAGGAGGAACAGUUUGUAUGAUGCCCAAAAGAGACUUUCCAAGGCAGAGGAACUUCUGUCAAGGGUGGAAAUGGGUAUGAAGGCCUGUUAUGUGCCAAUUUUAAAUCUUACUAAUGCACUGUUAAAUAUGGUAUUUGCAGUAAAGGGAAAAAAAGUAAUAAUAAAAUAUAUUUUCCUUUCA